CCACAGUGGAACGGAAAGAAGCUGGUUGAAACUGACACAUUAACUUGAAUGGUUACAAUCAGGUACGAUCAGCGGAUACGGCCUUUUUGUAGCCGUUAACAAUGCGGUGGAAAUUGGGGGUAAGGAGACUGGCUGUGAAUGGCCCUUUUAUUCAGAAAGCAAAAUCAAACAUCACAACUGUUAUAACUCUUAGCUAAACCAGACAAAUGAAAGGUAAGCUUUUCCGCUAUGAUAAUGUUAAAUGGCAAUAAAGUUAAAUUGGCAUUUACCGAUGUUGUUUUCAUCUAUCGAGAUCUUACUUGUGUUGUAAUUGCUCUCAAAUGUAAGUCGCUUUGGACAAAAGUGCCUGCUAUAUGGCACUAUGGUAUUGUAGUACUGUAAAAGAAAACAUGUAAAUCAUCAAAGUGAGAGAAUUCAAUUCACUCUCAGGGGACCAAGAUUGUCUAAACAACCUUUCAGACCAAUACCAUUCAUCCAUUUUUGGUCUGGAAGUCCACAAAGUACCUGCACAUAUGUUGAUGAAGAUGAUGAUGAUGAUAAUGAUUACUAUUAUGAUUGUCAUGAGUAAUAUGAUGAUGAUUAUUAUUAUUGUUGCUGUUGUUGUUAUGAGUAUAUGAUGAUAAUUCUGAUGAUGAUGAUUAUACUUAUUACUUUUGUUUUUAUUAUCAUUAUUAUUGUUGUUGUUGUUGUUGUUGUUGUUUAUUAUUAUUAUUGCUGAAACAUGACUGUGGUUCGUGGUUUGGUUCUUCUGCAGCAGACAGGUUUUUGUACCAGCUCUUCUCACUGUGUGCCAGUUACUCCUUUUUCUCCACCUACCUCUACUACAUCUUUGGCUCUGGAACAACACUGUAUGUUUUAGGUAAGAGUAACAUUUUAUUUCAUUUAGUUGAUUUAUUGAACUAGUCUCGAGCAGGUUUGAUCAAGUUUUCUCUGUUUACAAAGAUAACUGUGAGUUUAUUUAAAUUACCAGAGUGGAAUAUACUGCUGAGUGGCUCCUGAGCCACAAAAGAGUUUCAUUAACUCUCUUCAGUAUUUGAUCCUCUCUGUUUUUCAUUUAAAAAUAUUUUACAUAAUCAGAUCAGUUGUAAUGUUCUUGUAAUCAAAUAUGUUCCGACAAAUGAAACGUAUUUGUCUUCAAAAAUGUUAAAUUGCAAGUGUUUAAUAGUUCAAAAGCAGUGAAAUGAACAGCGGCUGUGGUAGUUUAUAUUACAGUACUUGUCCAUGUUGGUAACAGACUCACUUAUACCAGACAAAAGUCUACAUCUGAAAUGAUUUUAUUUUAUAAGACAAAUAAAAUCUUUUAUUGUCCCAUUUCACUUAAGAGACUGAAAAAACAUCUGUCUGCAUUUAUUAUGACAUAUGGGACUACAGACAACAUUUUACAAAUUAAUAUUCCAAUCAAUACAUUUAAAAUUUAUUAUUAUAAUGUAUUAUUAUUUAUUUGUUCUGUCAAACAAAAUAAAGCUUUUCAUGAUUUUAUGAAGUGUUUGAAACUGUACUUUAGUCUGUGCUGAUACAUUAUUAUAUUGUCAGUGAAUAAUAAUAAUAGUUUUAAUAAUAAUGUUGAUAAUAAUGAUAACAAAAAUAAUAGCUCAUACUACUACUAGUAAUAAAAAUAACAAUUACUAUUAUUAUUUCUUAAACUAAUAGAAAAUGUGUAUUUUUUUAAACUGCUUUAUAAAAUGUAAAUGAUUUAAAAACAGCAACAGCUAAGAAAACAGGUACUGCAAAUGUAAAAUAUCGCACAUCUAAUUUCCACUGAGGGAUCAACAAAGUAAUUUUUGUCUUUUUUUCCCAAAUGAUAUUUUGACAUUUUAGUUAACUUGACUUUUCUUACUUCUGUUUUUUAUUUUUUUUAUUUAACUUUAUUUGAUUUUUUUUUAUAAACAUUCAAAAAGGUCAGCUCACAUAGAGAGAAGUUAAUCCAGACCGAUCACAAAAUCUUAAUGAACUAAUGAUUUUAAAAACCCUUUAUAAAGCAUCUGAAAUCAUAUUACAUUUGUACAGCACUGUAAAUCAAACCGUUUUCUUCAGUAUUUGGCAGGACAGGUUUUAUUUAUAUUCGCCUUUUCUAUGUAUCGUUACAGUCCUGAAUAAUAAAAAGGAGAAGAAAUAACUGAUGUGUUUAUUGGUAUCUGAGUUAACUAUGUUAAAGGGUUCAAAAUGUAUGGAUUAGUCUGAGGUUUUUAAAUUUUCAUUAUGUGCUUAAGCCAAAUAUAUAAUUAAGACUAAUGUGGACAGUAACUCUGGAACACUAAGAUAUCCUCGUUAGAAAUUUUGAACAUAUUCAAAAUGAAACAGUUAAUGUAAUUGAAUGUAGCCGUGAAGUGACUUUAAAAAGUAUGAUUUGAUAUCAUGCAAUAUAAUUCACUAUUUUAUAAACCUAACUUUUUAUACCAAACCUUUGAAGUUAUUUAAAAAUAUUCAUGCACAUUUAUUUCUUUGUGUGCUCAGAGGUAACUAUACAACAUGCUAAUAUAAUGUGAGACUGAACAAUGUUUUUAUAGUUAUCAUAAACUUAAUAUCUGAUCUAAUGUCUUUGGUAAGAGAUCUAGUUUCAGUGUAUUGAACUUGAGUCCGUGUUGCUGAGUGUUUAGGAGCUCAGAGCUGGUUUGUUGUUCAGGAUUAGACUGAAUGCAGAGCUGGAAGCUGCUGACUGUGUGAAUGUGUGUGUGCUGCUUGUUUCUCUUCAGGUGAGCAGGUAGUGGAGCCCGUGGUGAGAGUGUACCCGGCUGCAUCCAGAGGCCAGCUGCUGUGUGUGGCCUCAGGCAUGUUUCCUCCUCUGGUGAAAUUAUCCUGGAAAAGACAAAAGGAGCGUGGUGGUGUGGAGGUGCUGCCCUCUGCUGACAGUCGGCAGCAGAUGCUCCAAGAGACUGGAUGUUCAGCCUCCAUCUUACACAUCAAUCAGCAAGAGAUCAGCUCUGAUCAAUACCUCUGCAACGUGCAGCACCAGGGAGGAACCAGGGAGUUCCCAGCACCAACAGGUAAUGAAGGCUUGGUGAGCACGCUCAGUGCUGAUUCAGCUUCUUAUGGUGAGGCUUAAAGAGACGCCAGAGGACCAGACGACUGACACUGUUUUUAAUUUCUUAACUCUGUUUCUGAAGGUCCUGUGACUCCAGCACCAACAACAUCAGCAUCACCUUCAACAGCACCAACACCAUCACCUUCACCUUCACCAUCACCGUCACCGUCACCUUCACCUUCACCUUCACCUUCACCUCCACCUUCACCUUCACCUCCUCUCUCAGCAUCCCCUUCUGUCCCGUCUCAGCACCAGGUGAAGCUGCUCUCUCUGCUGUACUCACUGCUGAUAGUGAAGAGUCUGGUGUACUGCUGUGGACUCUUUCUGAUGACCAUCUUCAGAGACAAGUGACCGUCCACAAACUGCACACAUGCUGGGGGACUAUUUUCUGCUCAGUGUUUCUCUUCAUCAGCUCAUCAGUUCAUCUCAUAGAUCUCUUUGAUUAUCAGUAUAAAACUUCAAUCAUGACUUGAUAUGAAACUGCCCUGACUUUGCCCUCAGAGUUUUAGGGUCACAGCUCUAUAUUUUCUCAGUUUUUAUCAAUUGUUCUUCAUCAAAGUUCAAAUAGUUAAUAGUGUAAAAAAAUCUGUGUCUCAUAAGAGACACAGAUUCCAUUUGUAGUUGUUGACUUUUGCCGCAGUAUUUUGUUCUUGCAUAGUUUUAACUGUCUAGACUCUUCUCUGUUUAGCCUGAUGAUUAAAUGUUUAUUCAGCUUUUCUCCUCAGUAUUUGCUGUAUUUUGUCAAAGCUCUUUGUAUUUCUUUUAUAAGGUGCCAAUAAAUAAACUUAUCUUCAUAGUGU